GUUUUCACAACAAGCUCGGCGGCGGUCGUACAUCACUGAUCUCUCUAUGCGCUGAUAUCUCUAUCCUCCGCUCUACUGAAGUCAUUCUGCUGGCAUUCACUCUGACGGGCUUCUAUAGACGAGAACUGCACGGUCGUGAACGACUCAUCAGCGCAUGCUGAUUUUUCCCAUAGCCGUCCAAGAAGACCCACUGAGGACGGACGAAGUGCUUCCAGUAUGAAGAUACAUAACCUCAGCGCAACCCUCGCAUCCAUCGCCUGGACAUAUCCUUCGCCGCCGACCUGCGCCUUUGGUAUCUUCACUUCAAAGUCUGCUCAUGUCCGAGGCACCCGACCGUACCCAAUCAUUUACGGGAACCCCGCCCUGGGGCACGGGAACCCCGCCUUGGGGCUCGGGCCCACCGCCCUGGCUGCCUAGUGCUACCUGGACUUCCUCUGGCUCCGCCGAAACGAGCACUUCAUCUACCAGCGCGAACUCCUCCCCACACGCCCACCUUGGCGCGAUAAUCGGCGGCUCGGUUGGUGGUGGGCUCGCCCUUGUUCUGCUUGGUGCGCUCGUCUACGUAUGUCGCCGCCGACGUCUGCGCAAAGCCCUCGCUCAGGACGCAUCCGCUGCGCCUUUCACUGUGCCGCCUCCACCAUCGCGGGCUGAAAAGACACGUCGGGAUCCUGACGUUGAGCGACAAGCCAGUGGCAGCUGCACUCCGGGGUAUAUGUCGACUCCUCCUAGCACGCAGGAUCAAGAACUUCGCAACGUCCUGGCGCACAUGACUGCGCGAGUGCAGGUGCUUGAGGAGGAGCGGCUCGGAGGCCUGCAGGUUACGAACGAGGAUCCGCCGGAGUAUACGCCACCACCUGGAACCCAGGUUUCCGCUAGGAUCGUUCCCGAGAAAGGAGAUUGGCAGGAUGGUCACAGUCGCUGAUAGGUAGACAAUGUAGUAUACCACGCUGCGUCGGCAAGGUAGACUGAACUUAUGGACACGCUGCGUGUGUCA